AUGCUAAAAAGUACAUUUCAUGAUAAUAUGGGGGAAUACACUGAACCACAGAGAGCAAGGUCAAAAUCUGCUUCAAUCUUCUCGUUUUUUAAAAAAAAGAAAAAAAAAAAUAACACUAACGAUAGUGUCAUUUCUACUAGUAAUAACUCCUUUCAUCGCACAUCCGAAGAAACCAAUGAAAAGAAACAGAACGGUGAAGGAGAAGAAUGCAAACAAAAUUGGACACGCGAAGAAGCAAUCUCAGAGAAAAGGGGUGUAAAAAAAUGUAAGGACAGUUCUGCAAAAACAGUUGACAACGAAUACACGCAAAAUUACCAGGAAUGUCAAGGAAAAAAUUAUGAUUUAAAAAAAAAGAGAGAAAGUUUUUUUCAAAAAAUAAAUAUAUUGCAAAAAUUUAAAAAUUAUAAAAAAAAAAACGCAUCCAGCACAUUUCACACAGGUCAUAACAGAAGUUCUAUAUCAGCUAGCGAUGAUGAAAUGUUAGGAAAUAUAAGCAGAUUACAUAAAAAUGAAAACAAUGACUAUACAAAGAAAUCAAAAAAAUACACGACUUUGAAGAACAACAGUUAUAGCAUAAAAGAAGAAGUAAAGAGCUUAAAAAACAAAACACAAAAUUUAAAGGGUAGUGUAUAUUUUAAUGGGGAAAAAAGAGCGAAUAAAGGAAAAUUAGCCAAUAAACAUUAUACCUGCACUAGUGAAAUCAUCAGAAAUGCUUACGACACAAAUUCAUCUUCUGAUUCUUUGGAAACGUUAAUAACAAGCAUUAAAAUAAAAAGUAACAAAUUGAAACACGAUAAAAGAGAAAAUUCCUAUAGUGAUGAUGAUCGUGGUGAAAGUAAUUUAUUGAAAAAAAUGAACAUAUUGGAUGGAACUCAAAAGGUUGGAAGAAAGUACGUAUUUGAUAGAAAUUCAGACAUUGAAAUAUGGGACCAUGACAAUUUAAGCACCGAUGUGAAAAUUGUGGAAGAAAAUGAUAUAGAUAAUCAGCAAUUAAUGAACUCGAACAGCAAUGUGAUAGAUUUAAAUGAAUAUGCGUAUGGAGAGACGAGUGAAAAAGAUGUAGGAGAAGGAGAAGAUUAUUUUGCAAAGCUUAAUGGCCUAGAAAAUGAUCAUGUUUGCACAGAUGUGGAAAAUUCCCAGCGUGGCGUCAGAAAUAGCAACGAAUAUCAUCUCAGCAGAAAUCAGGAAAAUUGUGCCAAUUUUUAUCACAAACAUGAAAAUAAACAUGAAAACAAGCAUGAAAAUAAACAUGAAAACCAAAAUGAUCAAAAUUUAUAUCCAAAGCAUACGAAAAAAAAUGACAAAAUCGAGGGGGAGAAAAAACGAAUAAGCGAAUUUUCUUUUUCUAAAAAAAAAGACGAAGUAAUUCGAAAUGUACGUUCAAGCAUUAACAAUAGCGCGAAUAAAGUCAAUAAUCAUGUGGUAUAUAAAAAUAUGGAAUUUUCCAAUUUAAAUAGCCCUAAUGUAAUAAAAACAACUAUUCAGGAGGAAGACAAAUUAGCUAGUAAAGAAAUAUUAAAAAAAUCAGAGUAUGAGAAAAAGAAGACAAAUGAUGAAAUACAUAAUGAGUCUGAUUUAUCAAAUGCACACAAUGAUGCUAAUUAUUCACAAGAGAAAAACUCAUUAAAAUACUUUACCAACAAGGAAGAAGAAAGUAUAGCACAGAGAGAAAUUAUACUAAAGCUAAUGUAUAACAAUAAUGGAAUCUACUUUAAUCAAGAUGAAAAAGGAACAGGAAUUUCCAUAAAAAGUGAAAACACUGCUAAAUCAAGGGGGCAUUAUGAAGUGAAUAAGGACAUGAACAAAUGUGAAGUAUUAAAGAAAAUCAUAAAUGGAAGAAGUACAAAUUUCCACACUAGUCAACAACAGUGCGUGUAUGAGAAUGUAACGAAUUCGUCACAUAGUCAUAAUAAACUUUCUAACUCUCCGAAUGAAGUUACACAUAGAUAUUUUAGCAGUCCAAAGGAUGAAAGUAGAGAAAGUAGAACCCAUCAGGGUAAUGAUACACAUUGCAAUAAAUCACUUGGAGCCUUGUCUGUUAAGAAAACAAUUUCUUCGAUUUCCACGCAUGAGAAACGGAACAAUUUGCACGUUAAUGAAGAAAAACAGAAGAAGCAAAAUGAUGAUCCAGUGGAUGACAAAAAUGUAGGGGGUGAAAAAAACGUAGAGGAUGAAAAAAGUAAUAUAAUCAACAAGUACCUCAUUAACCCUUUGUAUAACUUAUUUGUUCAAUCCAAAGAAGAAAUAGAUAAUUCAUGCAUUUCGAAUAAUAAUAUAAAUAUGCUACAACCAAAGGAGGGAAGAAAUUGCACAAACGAAUUGCAAAAAACUUACAAAACGUUGUAUGACAUUUAUGAUGUUUCACAUGCUGUUGGUGUAGGGAUUAAUGCAUGUGGAAAUGUACGAAGCAAACUUAAUUCGAUGCACGGUUCGCUCGUUAGAAAUAUGCAUAAUAACACAGGAACCGGUAGUAAGUGUUCACAAAAUAGAGGAAUUCUCACAAAUAAUAAAAUUGAUGGAAGGAGCAUAUAUUUGCCUCAACAAAAUUGGAACAGUUCUAUGGGCAAGAUAAAUGUACAACUGCCAUCUGAGCCUAUCCAAAAAGGGGAACCCAAUGAUUCCUCAUCCAAGGGUUAUCAAGCGAAGGAUUCCUCAUCCAAGGGUUAUCAAGCGAAGGAUUCCUCAUCCAAGGGUUAUCAAGCGAAGGAUUCCUCAUCCAAGGGUUAUCAAGCGAAGGAUUCCUCAUCCAAGGGUUAUCAAGCGAAGGAUUCCUCAUCCAAGGGUUAUCAAGCCAAUGAUUAUUCAACCAAUGUGAGCGCUAAAAAUGUUCACCAUGAUUAUACAAAGAAUACCAAUUUUCAUGAUAACUAUUUUAAUACAAGAAACAUAAAGGAUAAAACAGGAGAAAGAAAAUAUUUGGGUACAGGGACUAGGAGCUUCAUAGGCGAAGAUUAUUUAAAGUCUUAUGGAGCCCCUAUAAAAAAUAUACGAACCCUUUUGGAUAAAACCAUUUUAAGGUGUAACUACAACAUCAAUGAACCCAACACUAAUAAGUUUAAUGGAAGAAGCUACAUAUUUUGUAAGGAAAAUGAAGGCAGUUUUAUUAAUGCCACCGGUACCAGAAAAAUGUGGGAAAAUGGUAGCAUAAGAAAAUCUUGUACAUAUUUUAGAUAUCAACACGAUGGAUAUCAAAAUGGAUUUGGGGGCAUUUACUCCCAAAUGAACCCUGCAGCAAUUUCUAAAGUGAACAUGAUUCACAGAAACAAAACAUAUUGCUCCAACGUUGGAGGAAAUGUAUAUGCACAUAUGAAUAGAAAUUACACGACAAAUAAUGCCACAAUUAGUGCCACAAAUAAUUUAGCAAAAAAUGGAAAUUCUUUUAAUUACACAAAAGGGAAUGUAAUUAACACAAAUGCUUUGCUAUUAAACAAUGGAGUGUUGAAAAACUUCACACAAUACAGUUCGAAUAUCAGAAACGAUCACCAAACCGAGAGUAGAAUUUCACAUGCACAGAAUAAUAAAACAUUGUUAAAUAAAAAUGUGAGGAAUUGCACCCCUUUUCCAUGUAUGGUGUAUGAAAAGUGGACACAAAGUGGAAGCAGUUUCAGGAAUAAUGGCAAAAAUAAUUACACAAAAAAUAAUAAUUUCUACACUCCUGUAGAUAUAUUAAAAAAUGAAAAUUUAAGAAAAUUGCAGAGUUAUUCAGCGAAUCCCAAAGGUUUUACCUGUCUCUCGAAAAGCCAAGGACAUGGGUAUAGUCAAGCAAAUAUACGACACUAUGAUAUCAAUGUUAGCACUUUGAAAAAGGCAAAAAGUGUAAACCUUAUGGGAUCAAUUUCUGCCCCUCAGGAUCCAUUGGAUAUAUACCAACAGUGUUAUAUACAAAAUUGGGGCGAAAAUAAAGAUCAACAGUACAGAUAUCAUAACUAUAUUCACAAUGAUGUUAUGUUAAAUAAUCAGAGUAUUGGAGGAAAUUAUGCCAACCAGAAUGAUCCUAGUAGUAGUGCUAAUAUUUACAAUUUGAGGGAUGAUAAUUUAAUGCAUAAUUCCAAGGGCCCCCCUUUAGUUAGUAGUAUUAACAGUGUUAAAGAUGUUAAUAAUGUUAAUCGUGAAAGUAGUUCUAAUUUUAUGAAUAAUGAUAAUCAUCUUUACAAUCAGUUAAGAGAAAAUAAGCAAACAUUUUUUAGAAUCAGUUCCUCGAAUGAUACCACUAAGGGAGGUUCCAUAAUGGAUGACAUGGAGCUAGUGAAUAAGGAGAAGUUUGACAACUUGUCAUGUAGCCAUUCAAAUAGUGAUGACAAUAUUGAAAUUUAUGCUGUCAGCAUGGAGCAAGACGCAGUAAAUAGUGUGCAGGUAGAGGACCCUGAAAAUGGGUCUGUUGCCGUCGCUAAAAGUGCAUCUACUGCCAUCGCUAAAAUUGAAUCUGCUGCUAUAGCUAAAAAUGAAUCUGCUGCUAUAGCUAAAAAUGAACCUGCUGUCAUCUCUAAAAAUAGCCCAGAUUCCAACUUUCCUAAUGAGCAGGAUCAAAGAAAGGAUGGAACUGCUCUUGGAGAAAGCAUUGGAGAAGUGAUGAAUAGCAACGUAGAUAAAGACAUCCCAUCUGAGUAUCAUACGUAUGAGGGAGAAGAAUCCUUAUGGACAGUUCAUAACCCUAGUAUGGAAAAUACACCAUAUAGAUGCAUAAGUGACGUGCUCGAAAAUGAUUCCCUUGAUGAUGGGCACAAUUAUUGCAACGUUUCCAACGUUUCAGAUGUGAUAACAGAAAAAAAGACACAUAAUAAUAAAGAACAUUCCGUUAGUACUACUAUACAUAACAAUUUGACGAUAGAAAAAGAAAGUAAUGCAGAAUUAUUAAAAGAUCCAAUUCCUGAUAGUUUCCCUAAUUAUACUAACUGUGAUAAGGAAAACGAAUUGCAUAACGGUAUGAUGAUGGCAGAGGUGAAAUUUUCUUAUCACAAUGAUGAUAAUAAAAAUGUUAAUACUUCACGUUAUGAUUGUAUCGAAAGUGAUGAUAAAUUUAAAAAAGAAACAACAAAUAAUAUCAGUUCUGAUGUUAAGCGUAGAUGUACAAAGCUAAAAAAAUUAACAUAUGAGCAUAAGCAUGGAGACAAAAGGGGAAAAGACAUUACAAACAGAGAGAAAAUGAAUAAUAGUUAUAGUAAAAAUAAAACAUUCUCAAAUGAAAUGAAUAAAUAUGAAAAAGAAAAAAAAAAAAAAAAAAUUGUAAUGAAAAAGGGAGGUAGUACACUAACUAAAAAUUUGAAAAAAAAGAAAAAAAAAAAAAAUUCAACAAUUGGUGUAGGAGAUAAUAAGAAAAUUUUGAAACAUACGAAAAAGACUUGCGUAUUACCAAUUUGCUCUUUUUCACAAGAGAAUAAAAUUAAAUCCAUUUGUGAAAACUUAAAAAAGCGUUAUAAAAAUAAAAAUAUGGAACAUUUUAAUAUAGUAAAUACAGUGGAAGAAUCUGUAAAGUUUAAUUAUAACGAGGAGGAAAAUAAAAUUAAUUAUAAAAAAGAAAGCAUCAUAAGUUCUAGCAAUUCUGUAUACAUUCUAAACAAAUUACAAAGUAAUGAGGUGAAAAUAAAGACAAAGAAAAGGAUUGGACAGAGUGUAAGUAAAAAAUACGACUUUAAAAUGGAGGAAAGUUAUUCUAGUACCUCUAUUCAAAGGGAAGACUGUAACUUUGUUGAGUCUUUUUCUAGUAUGUCUAUUAAAAGGGAGAAAUGUAAUACUGAAAAGAGUUAUCCACAAGUACAUGAUGAUCCUCCCUUAGAUGGAAAUGGAAGAGAGUCGAUGGGCAGCAAAAUAAAGCGGGAUAAUGCAAAAAAAUUGAAAAGAAAAAAAAAAAGUGAAAAAAAUUUGGAAAAUAAGCACGAAAGAAAAAAAUCUACAGUUAAUUUGUCUACACACAAGUGUAUAAAAAAGAAAGAAAAUGUAGAUGAAAAAAAACAGAAAGAGGAAAAUAAAUUGAAAAACAAGAUAUGUACAAAUCAAACAAAUAAAAUAACCAUCAAUUCAGUUUCUACGACAGAAACAGUGUAUUUUCACAAGAAAAAGGAAGACAAAUCCAGUAUAAGGGAAGAAUUCCUUUGGGAUACAAAAAAGGAAAGUCAAUCGAAUGAAAAUAAUAGCAGUGAUGCACUGAUACUACCAAUGAAAAGUGGAGACAAUAAAAUAGUGUCCAAUAAAAAACUAUAUAACGAAAAAAUGGGAUUAACAAAUGCCAUAAAAUCAAUAGACAUUUUGCAUAAAACCGAUUUGAGAAAUGCUGCACCACUUGAUAAUUUCUACGAAGAAGUUAAAGUGCUGAAUUACAUAUUAUGUAAUAAGAACAAUAGCCAUUUCUUAAACUUAAUAAAUUUAAUUAACUUAAUAGAAAUUGAAAGAAAUUUCAUAAACAAUAACAUAUAUAUUAACAAACAGAUAAUUACAUCUAGAACUAAUGGGAGCAAGGUGAAAAGACAGAGUAGUCAAGAUGAUAGUAUUCUAUAUGACAACAAUUUCAGUAUCGUUCAUUUAGAACAAGACAUAAUUUACUUAAAGAAAAAUUUCUUAAAAAAAAUUCUUUAUAUAUUAUUAAAUGACGCUUCCUCAUUUACUGAAAUCAAAAUAACAAUUCUUCUCUUAAAAUUUUUUGUUUCCAUAGAACAAAAUAAAGUAAUAUCUCCUAGUGUAUUCCCCCUCUCUUUAAUUAAUACAUUAAUACAAAAGUUCAGUUUAAAAGUUCAUAAAAAAAUUAAAAGGACGCGUGAAAAUGAACGUGUCAUGACACCUAGCACUUCUCCGUGCAAUUCUUAUACAAAUAAUUAUAUCCACAACACGAAUUCGAAGAGAGGAGAGACAUUGAGAAAAAGUUCCUUUAAUUAUCUAUUUAUUUGCGACGGAAAAAAUUACCUAUGUAUAAACGACAAUUCCAUGAGUGGAAAAACGUACAAAGCAAAAAUUAAAAUGAACAACUUAAUUGGCUAUUAUCAUUACAUCAAUUUAAACAGAUUAGCUUACUACCUAGAACGGGUUACAGGAAGAACUACAAUUUUAGACAAUUAA